CAGACUGUCCAGAAAUCACCCUCUGCCUGUGGCUGGGGCCACAAACCUGAGACCAUCCGCCUCAUCACCAGGGACCUCAUCCGUGAUCUCAUAGACUCAAUACACUUUGCAAGCUCAACAAACUGCCAUACAAACUAGGCACAGGGAUUACAUCAUCCAUUUCUGAAAUGCAAACAUCACUGGAGUGGAGGACAACAGCUGUUUGACAGUGCACAGCAGUGCUGACUUGCCGCUGAGGACAGGCAGUGAAGACGAUCAUGUCCCACUGAAACUGGUGAAAGCACCAGGAUGACAGUUGAGCUGCUUUCACAAAAAGCUGGGAAAUUCAAGUCCGACUCUGAAAUGUUUUGAACUUCUUUUACCAGGGGCUAAAUAGCUCCACACAUAGUGUUUUUGUGAUUCCAUUCAAACUCAUGGGGAGUCCACAGGAAAUGACCUGUUGGCAUCAUGCUGUUACAGAUGCACCUUGUGCUGUUCGGUACCAUGUGGUUCUAUCCAACUUCCAUAUGGAUCAAAUCCAGUCCCUGGAGGAAAGCUGGCCUAUAGGCUUUGGGAUUGGGUUUAGUCAUGAUUGUCUUUGUACAGUACUGCCCCUCUCUUUCAUGUGCAUGUAUGGCAUCUGUAGAGCAACAUUCUGUAGAUCCACUUGCAGGUCGAUAAGCCAUUUCAAGGCCUCCUCUGUGACAUUGUGGAUAUCACCCAGUUCACCUUUGAAUCCGUAUUUGGGGUUCUGCAUUAUGAUGUGUUCGAUGGUUUGGAUGUUUGCCCUGGAGUCGUAUGAAGGGGAGUCUUUGAUUUUCCGCACGUACACAGUAUCACUGGAGAUGUCUAACCACCGUCACUCUUGGAGUGAGUGUUCCUGCAGAGGACCCGUCGGGAGAAUCCCUCAUUAUGAGCCCAGAGGAUUUCCACCGCAUUAAGACAGCAUCCCGAGUCCUGACCAAGGAGGAGCGCGAGGCCAGCAUAGCAGCCCUCAAGGCAGAGAAGGAAGCUGUUAUAGCCGGGGUGAAUGAGCGCAAGAACACCAUGAAGCAGAAGGGGAUAGUGCAGAAGAAGAAGGAGAAGCUGAGCGACCUGGAGGAGGAGGCCAAGGAGCGAGCCCAGUACCUGCUGCAGCGGGCCAACAGGAUGCGCAUGGAGCAGGAGGACGAGGUCAAGGAGCUCAGUGAGAUGAUCCUGAAUGCAAAGUGCCAGGCGAUCCGCGAUGCACAGAUGCUGGAGAAGCAGCUGAUUGAAAAGGAGCUGGAGGAGGAGGAGAAGCGCCUGGACCAGAUGAUGGAGGUGGAGAGGCAGAAAGCCACCAAGAUGCAGGAGGAGCUGGAGCAGAAGAGGAAACAGGAGCUGAUCAGAGGGAGGCAACAUCUCAUCAAGCAGAUAGAGAAGAACCAGCAGGAGAGGGCUAUGAAGGCAGAGCAGCGGGAUCAGGAGGCCCAGGAGAUGCUGGAUUAUCUGGAGCAGCUGCAGAUGGAAGACCUGAGGGACAUGGAGCACAGACAUGAGCAGAAGAUGAAAAUUCAGGCUGAGAUUAAAUGUAUCAAUGAUGAAAACCAGCAGCGUAAGGAGGAGCAGCUGGCACGGGAGAGGAUGGCUGACCAGCGGGUGCUGGAGUACCAGAAGCAGAAAAUGGCACGGGAAGCAGAGUUCGAGGCUGAACAGGAGAAGAUCCGUCGGGAGAAGGAGAUGGAGACGGCGCGUCUGAGGGCAUUGCAGGAAAAGGCCCAGGAUUACCAAGCAGAGCAGGACGCGCUGAGGGCCAAGCGGAACCAAGAGGCCACCGAGCGAGAGUGGCGCCGGAAGGAGAAGGAAGCUGCGCAGAGGAAGGUGGAGACUGAGGCCAUGCUGAAGAAGAGUCGGCUGGAGCAGAUAGCCCACAAGGAGCACAGCCUGGCUGUGCAGGUGCAGCGGGACCGCAAUGAAUUCGAGAGGAUCCUCAGAGCCCAGCGGGAUCAGAUUGAAAAGGAGCGGAAGGAGCAGGAGCGGCGCGCAGCCCUGCAUCUGAACCACGCCGACCAGGUGCGGCGCCAGGUGCGCGAGCACCAGCAGAAGCAGGUGCAGGAGCGAAUCGCUACCUUCGAGGAGGGCAAGCGGCUGAAGGAAGAGGCACGCUGGCGCAGUGAGCGCAUCAGUGAGAUCAAGAGGAAGAAGAUUGAGGAGCUCAGAGCUGCCGGCCUGCCUGAGAAGUACUGUGCCCAGGUAGAGCGCCGAGGCCUUGUUGAGCCAGCCUCUGUGCACUGAGGGUCUCCAAGGCAGCAUAGCCCAGCCCAACCUGGCUGCACCGCAUGGCAAGGAAUCGCAGCCCAGCCUCACUAGGGGCCUAGAUUGUAUAUUUUGUUAGUUUCUGAGAGUGUUUUAUGAAUAGAGAUAUUUAUGGAGGA